AUGGAAUCUGCAGGAUGGGAAAACUCUGUUCGUUUCAUUCUCCGUCUAUGGCUAGCCUCUGUGCUAAUUUACACUUCCGUUGUCGCUGGCCAAGACACUAAUGGACUCGACAGGCUGAGAUUAGGAUAUUCUUCUCUCUCACCGCAAGCAAGAGAAACUAUCCUGCUGUCUCCUGAUGGCAUAUUUUCUGCUGGAUUUUACAAUGUGGGCAUCAAUGCCUAUUGUUUGGCGGUAUGGUAUUCUCGUAAGCCCAAACCCAAGACAGUGGUGUGGAUGGCCAACAGAGACCAACCGGUCAAUGGACGGGAUUCUUCUCUCCGUUUUCUAAACGAUGGCGACCUCCUUCUGGUGGACGCAGGCGGAAUCCCCAUUUGGAGAACUGACACCAAAGGCGUCGGUGUUAAGGAAGCUCUGCUUCUCACCACAGGAAAUCUGGUGUUGCGCAGUGAUUCUGAACAAAUAGUUUGGCAAAGCUUUGAUUUUCCCACUGAUACCCUCCUUCCCGAGCAGACAUUCACAAAGAAUAGUAAGCUUAUCUCAAGAAUAGAGUUGGGUAAUUAUAAAUCUGGCUACUACCGCUUCUACUUCAACGAUGACAAUUACCUGGGGCUCAUUUAUCAAGGCCUGAAUCUGUCCAGCAAGUAUUGGCCGCCUCAACCGAAUACUGCAUAUGGUGUAUUUGACAUCGGCAGAACUACUUAUAACAUUACUCGCCUGGCUUCUCUUGAUCAAUUCGGUGGCUUCAUAUCAAGCGAUAUGUUCAGUUUUAAUGCCUCGGAUUAUGGAGAAGCCCCCCUCAGAAGAUUGACACUGGAUAUUGAUGGGAACCUGAGAUUAUACAGUCUGGACUCACAGAAUCUCACCUGGGCGAUAACGUGGAUUGCUCUUACCAAACAAUGCAACGUCCACGGCCUCUGUGGAUUCAACGGUGUGUGCACAUAUACACCAGAGCCCAAGUGCAUCUGCCCGCCUGGUUUUGAAAUGGAAGACUCAACAGACUGGUUCAAAGGCUGCCGGCUCAUUCAGAAACUCUCCUGCGCCCCAAAUAAUGCUCAGUUUCUCCGGCUUCCUUACACAGAUUAUUAUGGUUACGAGCGGUCUGGCUAUGCAUAUGGGUUAUCGCUCCAAGUGUGA